AUUCGAUAUAAAUAAACACCGAAAGGCUUGUGUUUAUUAUAUUACGACGUGUCUGCACUUGACCCCUUGCCCGAGGAUCUGGAAAGUGCGAUCGCCGCCAAGACACAAGGGUGACCAGUAGCAGGAGCCGGAGGACACGCAGCUGGAGGAGGCGGAGCCGCAGGAAACGCACAGGAAGCAGUGGGCGCACAGGCACAGCGAGCAGGAGGACGAGGAGGAGGAGGAACAGGAACGGCAACCAUCACCAUUCUGCAACGAGGACACCAAGCAUGGCUGGAUCCGCACUGCGUCGCCUAAUGGCGGAAUACAAACAGUUAACACUGGACCCGCCCGAGGGCAUUGUGGCCGGCCCCAUCAGCGAGGACAACUUCUUCGAGUGGGAGGCACUGAUUGCCGGACCCGAGGGCACUUGCUUCGAGGGCGGCGUGUUCCCCGCCCGGCUCGUCUUUCCCCCCGACUAUCCACUGAGUCCGCCAAAAAUGAAAUUCACUUGUGAUAUGUUCCAUCCCAACAUCUUCGCCGACGGGCGGGUCUGCAUAUCAAUACUCCACGCGCCCGGCGACGAUCCUAUGGGUUACGAGCUGUCCGCGGAGCGCUGGAGUCCCGUCCAGAGCGUGGAGAAGAUCUUGCUCAGCGUGGUCAGCAUGCUAGCGGAACCCAACGAUGAGAGCGGCGCCAAUGUCGACGCCGCCAUCAUGUGGCGCGAGCGGCGGGACGAGUUCAACGCCAUCGCCCGACGCCUGGUGCGCAAAACCCUCGGACUGCCGCCGUAAACGAUCAACACGAACUGGAACUGGACCAUGUCCGCCACCGUCGACCCGAAACCCUCUAUCCUGAACAACAACACGAUUCCAAGAUUGCGGCUCACAGAAAAAUGCUAACCCUCAGUUCCCCCAAAAACCCACGUCGAGCGAAUCGACAAAGACGUUUCAAUUUAGCAAAAAUAAAGAACCUAGCAAUAAAAUCGACUGUCAACCACAACCAGGCAGCAGUUCA